AUGUAAUUUAUAUAAAAAUAACAUAUACCUAAAGCUCUCAGUUUAAUUUAAGCUGUUGAAUUUCUUGCUGAAUAUUUAGGUAAAUCAUAAGAAAGUACGUAUUUAUUAUAAAUGAAGAGCGUAUUUAUCAAUAUUUCUUAGCCUUAGAAUUAUUGAAAUUAAUAGUAAAACUAAGAAAAUGGUCAUUAGUGGAUAAAUUUGGAUUGAUGAUUUCAGAGAAUAAUAACUAUUCUGAAACAGAUCAUAAAGAAGAUGAAGUUGCUACAUAAUUUUAGGAAAUUCUAGGUCCUUUAGAAUAUAAUCCUAAAGCUGUCAAUUAAAAGACUAUAAAAGAAGAACUUAAGUCAAUAAAGGACCCAAUUCCUAAAUUCAAUUUAGGUUACUAUGACGUUGUUUAAGAUAAACAAACAUCUUUAUUAACAAUGUUACCUAUACCUAAUGAUAUUAAGUAGAAAGAUUAUGAAUCCAAACUUAAUUAAUUUAGAGUAUUUUGUAAUUUGCAAUUGUUUAGAUUAAAAUUGGAGAAAUAUUGCAUCUCUUUCGUCCAAUAAUAUACUGCUCUUUGAUUCUAAAGUAUGGUGGAGAUAGUUAUACUCCAUAUGUUAUUUCAUUCUUUAUUGAUAUUAUUAGAUUUUUAAUAGAAUUCCAAAUUAAGAUCUAUAGAAAAAGUUAAAAAGAAGAACUCAAAAUACGAGCUAAAGAAGCUACAGUAUAUAAUUUUUAAUCUAAUCAAGAUUUGUUAUAUUUUAAGAAAUCCUUUCUAUAGUACAAUUGUCAAACAAAUAAUCUUAAAUAAUACUAUAGGGAAGCUAUUAAACCAACAAGGAUGGAUUUAUCGAUUUAUCAUUGCAUUAAUCGAGUUAAGAUCAUCAAAAUGUCUAUUAUUAUGA